AGUUUACUUGCAUUUCUUUUCCUACAAAACUUCUGCAAGAAGCUUUACUGUGCAUUUCCUAUUCGUGAACUGCGGUAUCAACUGGGGAUCCCUACAUCAAGUCUUUCGAAAUCGAAAUCAGGUAAUGUACACGAACUUCUGAUUUUAAGAUAAUCCAAGUGUCACUCUCCUUUCUCCCUUUCUGUGAUUGAUUUAGAGUCCUUUGAAGGAAGUUAGGGUUAGAGGCGAGAAGGAUUUUGAAUGUUCAACAACAAAAAAGGGGGUUUUUUUUUUUAAAAAAAGAUCCUGACUUAUUCCUCCCCCCUACUUCGUGCAGAGUUUGAGAAAAUGUCGUCAGAAAGAACACAAAGUAUAGUAGGCAGUGAGGUGAUGCCCCUGAACUAUGGGAGCAUGGACUCAGAGAGUAGUCCAUCUCCAACUAGUUCGGAGAAAACGGUGGAGGGGGCGAGAGGAGAUGAGGUGGUGGAGGUUGGGGGGAAUGAGGUGGCAGAGGUUGGGAGGAAUGAGGUGAUGGGGGUUGGGGUAGAUAGCAUACCCAUCACCGUAGUAGAAGUAGAGGGUAGAGGAGAGAGGGAUUAUGAUGUGAAUGCAGAGGUAGUGGAUGAGGUGAAACAGUACAGAUCUGAACUAAGGACCAGGGAUAGCCUGGGUCACUUAGUAGAAAAUUACGAUAUCUCAUCUCGAGUGUUAGUUAGGCCAGCUGGGGUAGAGGAGAGGGCGUGCUCUGCUCCUCGGGAUCACUGGAUGCCUGUGUAUUCCCACUAUUUGAUAGCGGGACUCAGGUUUCCACUUCUUGAGUUGCUAGUGGGGUUACUGUUAGAUUACAACAUAGGGUUGACACAAUUGGUCCCCAACGCAAUGAGGGGGGGUAGUAGGAGAGAUAAGGAGUGGUAUUAUUUCACCCCUAGGGUAGUUAAUAAAGAGAGUAGGUCAUUGUUUACAGCGGGUCCUUCAUCCAUUAAGGGAUGGAAGGAAAAAUUCUUCUUUGUAGAUGAUACGGAGUGGGGGAAAGGGGAUGCCGAGGUGAGGGAGUUAGCCUCCUGGAAGGCCAAAAAGGCUAACCAGAAUAUGUUUAGCUUAAAUGAGGAUGAGGAAGAAGAAGUGGGGAGGUUGGUGAGGGAGAGGGGGAAUUUAUUAAACAUUUUGGACCUCACUAGCGCACAAUGCAUAGAAGCUGCUGAGCUCUAUGGGCCAAGCGCUUUGAGUGAAGCUGAGAUGGACCAGUUUCUGAACACUGCUAGAGGAGCGGCCAUCCCCAAGAAGCCAAGGAAGAAGUCAAGGACUUCAACCAAACAAGUGGAUGAGGGGAGGGCCAGGAAAGAGGUAGGGCCUACGGCUUCAGUUGAGACGGAGGAGGAGGUGCCACAGCUGAAGAGGAAGGGCUGGGAGGAGAGGAGGGCACUGCAGAAGAAGCAGAAGGUGGUGGAGGAGGAGAGGGGGAAUGAGGUGCCUCUGUUCGUGCCUCAACCUCCUCUUGUUGAGCUGGACCCUGAGCUCAGACAGUUGGAGGAGGGGGCUGAGGUACGAGCUCCUGGUAAGGGAAAGGGCCCUAUUCCCCCACUGGGGCCUCAGAGCAGCCUGUUCGAGGCGAAGAACAUAACGGGGGCUAGGUGGUCUAUCAACAACACCUUCCCCGAAGUGGACCAAAGCAACGCGCGGGAGGAAGCUCUGAGGUAUGGUGGAGCGUCCGUGGUGAAGCACGUUCUAGAGAGCGCGAGCUGGGUGAAUGGUCUAGCCCAGGAAUUCAGGGAGAGCCUGAAGGAUCGCGCACUCUUGCAACGGCAGCGAGACCAGCUGCAGAAGGAGAAGGAAGAGUUGGAGAAGAAAAAUAAGGAGCUGCAAGAGUCGUUGAACGAGGAGAGCAAACGAAGGAUCGCUGAAAGCGAGCGUGAGGCUCAGGCGCAAGAAAUGAAGCUGAUGACAGAGGCGUUCAAGGAGUUGAAGGGGAACAUGCAGAAGUUGGUGCAUAAUGGGAUGAAGGAGCACAUCAGCAACUUCAUCAGUUCCAGCUCGUUUGAUAGCAUCGUCAACCUAUACCGGCUGCCCACUGCCAUCAUUGCUUUCACAGACUGCAGAAAGAAGGUGAAGGUUGCAUAUCCCGAAGUGGAUGUGACAAAGAUCACCUUCGGUGAGCAAGAAGGAGGAGUGGAGGAGGAUGGCGAGAGCAUGUCAGCAGACUUCCGUCCUCAGAUUAAGCUGAGGUGGGAGGAUGAUGUAAACGGUCUUGCUAUUUUUCCUCCGCAGUUUGACUUCGAAUUCGUUGCAAUGGAAGAAGAAGGGGCAGAGGUAGGGGAGGACGAGAUGGAGGCAGGAGUGGGGGGAACUGAAGUGGGUGAGGUCCAACUAGUUCCAGAAGUGGAGAUUCAUCCAGUUCCUUCUGACGAUGAGCAGCCUCCUCUGCCGGACGAGCAGCAGCCAACUCAGCCACCUCCUCCAGCUGAGCAGUAGUCAGUGGAGCCACCUCUCCCAUCAGGGAAAUAAUUUUGUUUUUUGAUUUUUUGUAAAGACAGUUAAACAGUUUGUAAUAUUUAUGUUAUUGUGAAUGAAAGUUUAUUUUUGAAAUAACUUGUGUAUUUGUGUUUGUCUUUUUGUUGAUAGAGGAACUGAGACAACUUUAAAAAGGAAAGUUAAUAAAAAGAAGUUAAUCAC